AUGGGCGAUCUGCAGACUUUGCGGAAGAAGCAGGAGAUCCUGCUGAACAAACUGGAGGUGCUGAAUCAGUUCGUCGAGCACUACAAGGCGGAAGAACACGAGUGCCAGCUGGAAGUUCGACUCGGAAUGCUGAACGACGUGUACCUGGAGUUUACGAACCUACGGACGAAGCUGGAGUUGCUGCUGGAAGAAAAGGAUGCGGCCAAGUACGCGGAUGCGGAGCCGAAGGUCAAGCAGGAGGUCGUGUCACAUCGUGAAGAGGCCAAUCUACAGGUGGUGCAGGAGUUCGACAACAAAUUCUGCAAGGUCAAGGCGAUGCUGAUUGCGAAGCGGCCGGUCAAGGACGUCGCGCAGACAGCUCCAAGUGUUGGUGAUGCGGAUACCUCGUUUCCGUUGCGCGUCAAGCUGCCUGACAUUCAUCUGCCGAACUUCAGUGGAAAUCUGCGCGAGUGGGUGACCUUCCGUGACACCUUCAAAAGUCUCAUCCACCGGAACUCGAAGCUGACAUCGAUGGACAAGUUCACCUACCUCCAAUCGUCACUUUCUGGUCCUGCAUUGCUGGAGAUCAGUGGCAUCGACCUGUCGGAAGAAAACUACUCCGUCGCGUGGAACGCGCUGGAGGAGGAGUACGGAAACAAGAAGCUGAUCGUGAAAGCCCACCUCGAUGUCAUUCUGGAUCUGGAACCGCUGACCAAGGAGUCGUACGACGGUCUCAGCCACCUGCUCGGUGAGUUUGAGAAAAAUCUGCAGAUGCUGGACAAGAUGGGCGAAAAGACUGCCGACUGGAGUACGGUUAUGGCGCACGUCCUGUGCUCAAAGCUGGACUCGGCCACGCUUAGGAAUUGGGAGACCCACCACAACAGCAAGGAAGUCCCAACCUACAAGGCUCUACUGGAGUACCUGCGCGGCCACUGUUCGGUUCUUCAGUCGAUCAAACGAGCGAAAGCGAAACCGUCGGAACAGCGGCCUCCGAAGGCAGCGGUCUGUCACACUGCUGUGCGGAGCAGCAACCAGUGUCAGUUUUGCAGCGGCCCGUGGCACACCCCGUUCCGGUGCUUCAAGUUCCAGAAAAUGACGAUCUCGGAGCGCAACGACGCUGUUUCGAGGAACAAGUUGUGCAGAAACUGCCUGAAGCCUGGACAUUACCCGCGGACGUGCGAAGGAGGAACUUGCCACCACUGUCACCAGAAACACCACUCGAUGCUGCACAACGAUCAGAUGAGAUCCUCCGUUCCACAACAGCAGUCGAGACCAACCGCGACGACCUCAGUACAGCGACAACAACCCAGACCACAGAACACGAAUCAGACAACACACACUCCAGCCAACAAUGCACCUGCUAAUCCGACUAACCUACAGACUACAGACUCUCAAGCCACACAGCCACAAAUCACUAGCCAAAACUACGUUGCACUACCCGUCACACCCACACACAACAUUAUCCUGUCAACCGCGCUCAUCCGUAUUAAAGACCGCUUCGGAAACACGCUGCUAGCGCGUGCGCUUCUUGACUCGUGCUCACAGCACUGUCUGAUGACCAGAGAGUUCUCGCGAAGAUUCAAAUUUGAGCGACAAUCGUCGUAUUUGCCGAUCCAAGGGAUCGGAACUUCCCGUUGCGUGUCGACGCUGCUCGUGCGUGCAGAUGUCGGUCCGCGUUCCGAUCAGAUUUCAGCGUACGAGUCGGAGAUGCAGUUCCACGUCCUGCCCAAGCUCAACAUCUCGCUGCCGACGUCGUACAUCGACCCGUCUACAAUUCAGCUGCCCGACUGGAUGUUCCUGGCUGAUCCGGAGUUCCACAAAACCGGCCCAGUGGACGUCAUUAUUGGUGCCGAGUUCUACCUGGACUUGCUGACGGACGAACGGGUGAAACCAACUGCAGACGGUCCCACGCUGCACAACACGGUGUUCGGUUGGAUUAUUUCCGGCCGGCUUCCCGGCAGCGUUCCAGAAUCGACGUCUCUCGUAUCCGUCGCGGCAAUCGACGAGCUGCUGACUAGAUUUUGGGAACUGGAAACGUGCCGCACCAAGAGCACGCACUCGAUCGAAGAAUCCACGUGCGAGCAGCUGUUCGAGGAGACGACGGUUCGUGACGAAACUGGCAGAUUUGUUGUGACGCUGCCCAAGAAGAAGUACGCUGUCCAGCGUCUCGGUGAGUCCAGAUCAACAGCCAUUAAACGCUUCCUGGGACUGGAGAAGCGGCUGUCAGCAAAUCCAGACCUGAAACAACAGUACAGUGAUUUUAUUCACGAGUACGAGGCCAUGGGACACAUGAAACGGGUUGCCGGCGACACGGCCGGGGGAGAGUUAGCGUAUUACCUGCCACACCACUGCGUCUUGAGGCCGGACAGCACCACUACGAAGCUCCGCGUGGUGUUUGAUGCUUCGUGUCGCACGUCUACCGGAGUUGCUCUGAACGAUGCGCUCAUGGUGGGACCAGUUGUGCAGGACGAUUUACUGGACAUUGCGCUACGCUUUCGACUCCACGCUGUUGCCAUCGUCGCUGACAUCGCCAAGAUGUACCGUAUGAUUCGCGUCCAGCCUGACGACCAGAGACUGCAGAGAAUCGUUUGGAGAGACAAUGUGGACGAACCCAUCCGAAUCUACGAGCUGACAACUGUCACGUACGGAACGGCGUCUGCGCCGUAUUUAGCAACAAAGUGCUUGCAAAAACUCGGUGAGAUCGGAGAAAAGACGCACCCAUCCGCUGCCAAGGUCCUCAAACGUGACUUCUACGUUGACGACAUGCUGGCAGGUGCGCACACGGUCGCAGAAGGAAAAGAGCUAGUCGCCGAAAUGGUCGAUCUGAUGGAAUCUGGCGGAUUCUCGUUGCGAAAGUGGCAUUCAAACUCUCGAGACAUCCUGCUCGACGUCCCGGAACAUCUUCGCGACGAACGGACUCUGCUUGAACUGGACACGUCUGACGCAACCGUCAAGACGCUCGGGCUCGUCUGGGAGCCAAGUACGGACUGUUUCCGUUUCAGAUCGCCAAAGUGGAACGACGUUGCAGUGAUCACGAAGCGUGUCGUGGCCUCAGACAUGGCCAUGAUCUUCGACCCGUACGGGCUGAUCGAUCUGCAGGAGUACUGGCGUGAAUACCGCAGAAAUCUAGCCGGUCUAGACAGCCUGUCGAUACCCCGCUGGAUUGGCACAGGUGCAGAUGACCAGAAUGUGCAGCUUCACGGGUUCUGCGACGCUUCAGUCAACGCUUAUGGUGCGUGCAUCUACAUCCGAACCGUUUCGGCCAACGGCGACGUCACCGUACGCUUGCUGGCCUCCAAAUCCCGCAUCGCACCGAUCGAGAACCUGAAGAAGAAGAAGCGUAAGCAGUCGAUUCCCCGCCUGGAGCUGGCGUCCGCUCUGCUGCUGGCGCAUCUGUACGAGAAGGUGGCCAACGCCAUCAACUUCCGAGGCAAAGCAUUCUUCUGGACGGAUUCCAUGAUCGUACGCUGCUGGCUUGCGUCACUACCGUCCAGAUGGAACCAGUUCGUGGCCAACCGUGUGUCCGAGAUUCAACACCUGACGGAGAGCGGAUCUUGGGACCAUGUGCCCGGAUUAGAGAACCCAGCUGACAUCAUUUCUCGCGGCAUGACGCCGAUGCAGCUGCAGUACUCAAAGCUCUGGUUCAACGGUCCUGGUUGGCUGAGUCUCGACCACCAGCACUGGCCGCACGCUCAAGUGCCGAACGCAGCAGACUUCGACCACGAAGAACUAGAGGAACACAACGCUGUCGCUGCAGUUGCACAUGACGCCGAGCCCUGCAGACUGUUUACAGCGAAUUCGUCGUACACCGUGACAAUACGGACGACCGCUGUAAUCUGCCGCUUCUGUUUCAACAGCCGUGCGGCGAACAAGCACUGUCGCAGAGUUGGUCCGUUGACGGCUGAAGAGCUCGAGGUCGCUUUGAAGAAGCUGGUGCGCCUCGCUCAACGAGAAUGCUUCCCGGAAGAGUACGAUGCUCUGUUCAGAGAUCGCGCGAUUCCAAGCAACUCCCGCAUUGCUGCGCUGAACCCAAGAAUCGUCGAUGGAAUCCUGUGCGUCGGCGGCCGGUUGCAGCACGCCGCAGUCUCGGACAACCGAAAGCAUCCGUACAUUCUCGACCAUCGUCAUCCGUUCACGAAGCUUAUUGUUACACACUAUCACGAGACCAUGUUUCACGCUGGACAACAACUGUUGAUCUCUGCUGUGCGUGAACGGUUCUGGCCGAUCAACAUCCGCAACCUCGUUCGCGAGGUGAUUCACAAGUGUGUCGAUUGCUUCCGUGUCAAGCCGAAGGUUCUGGACCAGCUCAUGGCGGAUCUGCCGCCCGAACGAGUCACACCGUGCACACCGUUCGCACGAGUCGGAGUUGACUACUGCGGACCUUUCCAGGUCGCGUACCCGCAGCGCCGAGCUCGCCCAGUGAAGUGCUUCGUUGCCAUCUUCGUCUGCCUGGUCACCAAGGCCGUUCACCUAGAACUAGCAGCAGACCUAACGACGCAGGCAUUUCUGGCGGCCCUCAAACGGUUCACUGCCCGGCGUGGCAAACCGAAGCUGGUCAUGUGCGACAACGCCAAGAACUUCGUCGGCGCAAGACGUGAGCUGAGCGAACUCGCCAAGCUGUUCCUAAGUCAGCAGUUCGAAGAGGAGAUCAUCCGCGAAACAGCGAACGAAAGCAUCGAAUUCAAGUUCAUUCCCGCCCGCUCGCCGAACUUCGGCGGCCUCUGGGAGUCUGCGGUGAAGAGCUUCAAGUUGCUGUUCAAACGCACGAUCGGGUUGCACACCCUGUUGUAUGACGAGUUCCAGACUGUGCUGGUUCAAAUCGAAGCGAUCCUCAACUCGCGACCGCUCACGCCGCUCAGCAACGACCCCGCAGACUUUGAAGCGCUGACCCCAGGUCACUUCCUGAUCCAGCGUCCACUCACUGCGAUUCCUGAGCCAAACCUCGACCACAUUCCCGAGAACAGAUUGUCGGCCUGGCAAACCGUCCAGCGUUACACGCAGCAGCUUUGGAAGAAGUGGUCCAACCUCUACCUGUCGGACCUGCACAACCGCACAAAGUGGACAAAGCAAAAGGACAACGUUGCUGUCGGAACCAUGGUCCUACUGAAGGACGAGAAUCUCCCGCCGUUGAAGUGGCAGCUCGGACGCGUUUCCGAUAUCCACCCGGGAGCUGACGGCAACAUCCGUGUCGUCACGGUGCGCACAAAGGACGGCAGCUAUCAGCGUGCGAUCUCUAAGAUUUGCAUCCUGCCGAUCCGUGACAACCUUUCUACCGCGCAAGGGGAGAACUAG